GGUACUAGGCUACGAAAAUAGGAAAAGGGAAUUCGAGGGUUUAAACGUGGAAUCAAUCAAGACUGAAGAAGAAGAAGAAAUCUCUCAACUUUACAAUGGUUUCCUUGUCCACCUGGUUCCGUUACGUAGCUAACAAGCUCGAAUACUCCGUUUCCAUCACAUCCAAGGGCUACAGGCAGGGCCAAAUUGCCAAAACUGAGUAUGGUGAUUCGAUAUGGAAAAAUUUAUUACAAGGAAGGUUGACAUACCUGCACUGGAACAAAGGGGGAGAGGAAAUGACACCCACAAUUACAGAGCAGGGGGCAACACUUUUGGUCCGAAAAAUACCAAUCCCAAAUCCAACGCAUGUUUUUGUGGGGGAUGUUGUGCUGUUAAGGGAUCCAGACAAAUCUGAUAACUUUCUUGUUCGAAGGUUGGCUGCCAUUGAAGGGAAUGAAAUGGUAUCUACAGAUGAAAAAGAUGAGCCAUUUGUAUUGGAAAAAGAUGAGUGUUGGGUGUUGUCUGAUAAUGAAGCGUUAAAGCCAAAGGAAGCCAGGGACAGUCGAACAUAUGGUCCUAUGUCUGUGACCGACAUUGUUGGUAGAGUAGUGUAUUGCUUGAGAACAGCUGUGGAUCAUGGUCCAGUGGAGAACAGUCUAUUUGGCAUGCGAAGGGAUUUGCCUGUGAUGGAAGUCGAGCUUGAUGUUGAUUUGAUGUCUAGGAAUCAAAAGGAACAAUUGUGAUAGUUAUGCUGAAACAAUAUCUUCGGACAAAUUCAAUUGGUUUGUAUGCUCAAGAACUGCUCUACCAGAAAAACAACAAGAAGAGAAAUGGGGUAAUAAAAAAAAUUGAGUGAUGUUAAAAUUAACACUCAAAAUGUCAAUGUUUUCUAUUCUACUACUAGAUUAUUGUUUGCCCCCUGUUUAGGAGACCCAAUUUCAAUUCUCUUACUGGAUUUUGUCUUUUGAUAUUUUUUUCAACAUUUGAUGGGUAUGAAAAAAAGACUUGGAGUAUGAGAAAUGUGUCAUGGAUCAGUUAGUUAAGUAAAUCGAUUUUAAUGUAA